AUCUGCUGUCCUGGGUAGUGGGAUACAGUAGGAAGUAAAAAGAUUUGUGGAGUUUCUAUUUUGCUGAGGGCAGAUAGAUUAUAAAGAAAGUAAAUGAGCAGACUGUAUGUGGGAAGGUUAGAGGGUGGUAAGUGCCAUUGAGGGUGGUAAGUUACUGAGGAGUGAGGGUGAGGAUCAGGGAAGGCUUCAGUGAGGUGACAUUUUAACAGGCUUUUUAACCAGAUGAGUGAGCCUGGCAAGUAACUAGGGAACAGCAAGAGCAAAGGUCCUGGGGCACAAAUUUGAAGAAGUGUACAUAGUCCUGUGUGGCUGGAGCACAGUGAGUAAUGGGACCUGAAGCCAGAGAGGAAAUGGGAAACCAGAUCUCAUCAGGCCUUGCAGGCCAUUGUAAAGGCUUUGGCUUUUAACCUGAGUGAAACUGAAAAUCUUUAGAGGGUUUUGUAUAAAGAGGUGACAUCAUUGGCCUUCUCAUUUGAAAGAAUCUGUCUACUUGCUUUUGAGAAGAGAUUGUAUUUGGGGCAAGGUUGGAAAUUGGUGGGGAGGGUCCAGUUAAGAGGUCAUUGCAAUAGUUCAAGCAAGAGAAAAUUGUAUCUUGUUAGUAGUAGAGGUGGUGGGAAGUAUUCUAAAUCUCUAUAUAUUUAAAGGUAGAGUCAACAAGAUUUUCUAACAGAUUGAUGAAGAAUGGAGUUACUAUUUAUAGAAUGGCAAAGACUGAGAGUAGAAGAGGUUGGGGAGUGGCUAGGGAAGAGUCAAUGAAAACUACAAGAAUUUUCUUUGCACAGGCCCCAAUUUAUAUCCUUGUCUAUUCAUAUUAUUUAUUGUGAUGCUUCCAUUUGGCUUUGGGGAUUUCUUGUUUUAUUCAGUGAUUUGAAUUAGAUACCUACUGGCACCACUCGAUGUUCUUCUAUAUCUCAGUUGUGUUUUUUUUUUUUUUCAUUCUUUAGUUGAAACAGCCUGAAACUUUGUGUCACAUCUCUGCAGCUGUCCUUUGUCCCAUGGAGUUGGCUAUCAGCCUGGUUCUGCAGUUUGGGUUGUCUGACAUUUUUAUUUGGUGACUUGUACCACUUGCUUACUUAGAAUAGGUACAAAUCCUCAUGGAAUUUAGUGUUUGACAGCAAUUGUUGAAGUUGAGUAGUUUGAAUAGCCUAAAGCAGAAAGAUUAAAAAAAAUAUGAUGGAAAUAACAUGAAACUCAGGAAAAAUAGAGUAGAAAUGACUAAACUGCCCUCAUUUUGCAUAAGAGAAAACUUGUGUUUUAGAUAAAACGUAUUGUAUGAUGUUAGGAGCUGGCCAACUGAAUUCUGUUGGUUUGCACUGCUUCUGCUUUUUAUCCUAAUGGUAUCUCUGAUUUUAUCAAGGAGUUGGAUUUCUAACUUGAUAAAAAAAAAAAAUCCAACUUAUUUGGAUAAAGCAUAUCCAAGUAAAAAGAAGUGUUUACUCCCUUAUAAAAAAAAAAAAAAAAAAAACAGGCCAGACAAAGUGGCACACACCUGUUGUCUUAGCUACUAAGGAGGCUGAGGCAAGAGGAUUAUUUGAGCCCAGGAGCUCAAGCCCAGCCUGGGCAACACAGUGAGACCCCCAUCUCUAAAAAAAAUUAAUUAAUAAAAUAAAAAGAAAAACAAACCUAAUAUUUGGGCUUUGACAUCUUCUUCUCUUUGUUUUGUUUUGUUUUAUCUGAGUCUGCUUGCUAGGAAAGGUUUUGACAUCUUAAGUGACCUACUUCAUGGGAGUCAGGCAGUACUUGUUCAAGAAUAAAAUGUAGGCAUCUUUACUUGCCGUUCUGUAUUUCAGACAAUAGGCAAAGCUCUUAUUGUGAGAGAUCCCCAAGCUCUGAAAAUCUGUCAUAUUCCAAGUAGAAUUAAUUACUAAUAUUUAAAGCUAAAAUGAAAGAGAGCAUCUGACCCUACCUCUUCAUUUCAGAGGUGACAAGACAGACUCACCUAAAAUUCAGUGACUUACUUAAAAUUCACCAGAAUUUUGUGACUAGUAUUUUUUUUUUUUGAGACAGAGUUUUGCUCUUGUUGCCCAGGCUGGAGUGCAAUGAUGCAAUCUCAGUUCAUCGCAACCUCCAUCUCCCAGGUUCAAGCAAUUCUCCUGCCUCAGCCUCCCAAGUAGCUGGGAUUACAGGCAUGCACCACCACACACAGCUAAUUUUUUGUAUUUUUAGUAGAGACAGGGCUUCUCCAUAUUGGUCAGGCUCAUCUCAAACUCCCAACCUCAGGUGAUCCACCAGUCUCAGCCUCCCAAAGUGCUGGGAUUACAGGCGUGAAUCACUACGCCCAGCCACAAUUAGUCAUAGUUUUUAAUUUUUAAAAAUUUGAGAUACAUACUAUAAAAUUUACCUUUUUAAAGUGCACAUUUCAAUAGUUUUAGUAUAUUCCCAAAGUUGUACAACCAUCACCACUAUCUAAUUUCAGAACAUUAUCACCACUAGCAAAAGCAGUGCUGUGCCCAUUAGCAGUCACUCCCUAUUCCUCCUCCCUCUAGCUCCUGGCAGCCACCAGUCUACUUUCUGUCUAUAUGGAUUUGCCUGUAUGGACAUUUCACAUAAAUGGAAUCAUACAAUAUGUGGCCUUUUGUGUUGGCUUCUUUUACUUACCAUAAUGUUUUUGAGGCAUUUUUAUAUGCUGAAGCAUUUAUCAGUACUUCAUUUCUUUUUACGGCUAGAUAAUAUUCCAUUGUUUGGAUUUGCCACUUUCUAUUUAUCCAUUCAUCAGUUAAUGGACAUUUGGGUCUUUUACACCUUUUCCACUUUUGACCUUGAUUAGCUAUAUUUCUUAAAGGUCAUAUAUUAUCUGGCUUGCAAAAGAAAUAUAGUAACACACAUACUAAUAGACACACACAUAUAUGCAUAUAUGUGUGUCCUGAUUCUUCUGGAAGGAGGGGAGAAGAUCAGAAAACUAUACUCUGUAAACAGUAAGUUCAAAAUUACAGAUUUUGAAGUAAGGCCACUACCUUACUUCCCAUUCUCACAAUCUUUUUUAGGAAUUUCAAGUAAGGAAAAUAUCAAAAGUAAUAUUUUAGCUAUCUUCGGUGGUAUUAAGUGAUUCAGGAAAUGCUGAAAUACAGAGGUUGGGUUAAUUUGCAUUUCACAGGGUGGUUUGGUGGAUUCGUGCACCGUACUUUAAGUCUCAGCAAAAAAAGAUAAAGGGUUAACUAAGUCAGCAAGUUUUGAUUUUUUUUUUCGAACAAAUAUGUUGUAAUGGUGGUUUCAGGUUAUAAAUGUGUAAAGUUACAGCUUAAUCAAGUUACUGCAUCUCAGUCCAUAUGUUAGUCUAUCUUUUAUGUUUCAGAUAGUUUUUAUAAUUUUUCCUGAGGCCAAAAUUUACAGAAUAUUUAAUCCAACAUAAGCCAAUUCUUUAACUAUUUUGUACCCUUCCAUGUAUGAUUUCCAUUUGUUUUCUUCUUAAAAUUGGGAGUCCAGUAUGGACAUGGGGUUCCAUUCUGAGCCUAGCCAGUAUAGUGCAUCUUAUGCCUUCAUCCCUCACUUGUAAAGAGAUGAUGCUCUAUUGCUGUUGUGCCUACAGCACUCAUUCCUCAAAUGCUUAUCGUAAAUCAAAGUGCAGUAUAGUGUGAGAGCCAAGCCUGUGGACAAACCUGCCUGCAUGGGGAAGCAGGACUUCUUGGAAGCAAGCAGAUGGAUAAAAAGGCCUUGGAGUGAAGACCAGCCUGCAAAAAAAUACAGGUGUUGGGCAACAGGACUUCUGGCCUUGCUGAUCAUUUCUUUUAUCCAGAUAGCAUUUGUUGAGUUCUCUAUGUGCCAGGCCCAUAUCAAAGCUGUUUAUAAGACGAGUUAAGGUCAAGCCCCUAUACUUUAAGAAUUUACAGUCUGGCUGGGCACGGUGGCUCACGCCUGUAAUCCCAGCACUUUGAGAGACCGAGGUUAGCAGAUCAUUAGGUCAAGACAUGGAGACCAUCCUGGCCAACAUGGUAAAACUCUGUCUCUACUAAAAAUACAAAAAUUAGCCGGGCAUGGUGGCAGGCACCUGGAGUCCCAGCUACUUUGGGAGGCUGAGGCAGGAGAAUCACUUGAACCCAGGAGGCAGAGGUUGCAGUGAGCCAAGAUCUCCACUGCACUCUAGCCUGGUGACAGAGCAAGGCUCCGUCUCAAAAAAAAAAAAAAAAAAAAUGUACAUUCCAACCACCAACCAGAUGCUUGAUCUAUUAAGAUAAUGCAGGGGUCUAAUAAAGUGAUAUUGCUACUUAGUCCAAGUUUCUACACCAGACAUCACAAGUGACACCAUCAAAAUAUUCCAAUUCUGUCUUAAUGGAGUAUAUAUAUGAAAAGAAGAAAAAAUACAGAAGAUCAUGGACUUCAUUUUCUCAUUAGUUUGAUUCUUAUUUCAGAAAGAGACUAACAGCUGGUAUAGAGAUUCAUUUAGCCUCAUUUCACACAAAUUAUGAAUACUUGGAGCAGGAAAUAUUUUUGUGUAACAAUGAGUUCUAGCAAUAAUAAUAUUUUUAAGUAAUUGAAUAAUUUAUGAAUCUAGGAUACUAAACCUUUCAUCUUCAAUAGCUCUUCAAGCUAAUAUAAGCAUGAAGGUUUCAGAAUAAACUUAUAUUUUUACCAACUUAGCAGACCAAAGAAAAUGUUUAAAAUUUUUUAACUUUGUUUCCCAACCUAUUCUUUUUUUUUGAGGUGGAGUCUUGCUUUGUCACCCAGGCUGGAGUGCAGUGAUGCCAUCUUGGCUCACUGCAACCUUUGCAUUCUGAGUUUAACCAAUGCUCCUGCCUCAGUCUCCUGAAUAGCUGGGAUUACAGGCGCCCACCACCACGCCCCUCUAAUUUUUGUAUUUUCAGUAGAGGCAGGUUUUCACUAUGUUAGCCAGACUAGUCUCGAACUCCUGACCUCAGGUGUAUCCCACCCCCACCCCCGACCUUGGCCUCCCAAAGUGCUGGGAUUACAGGUGUGAGCUACUGCUCUAACCUAUUCUUUUUAGAAACUAAUACUAGCUCACAGGUAGUAUAUUCAUUUUACUGGUUCAAAAAGGCAACAGUUUUAUGUAACUUUUUUGUUAGAACCUGCCUCUAUCUUUGAUAGCAAUCUCUUGUUAGACAAUUCCUAUUGCAUAAUAGCACCACUUUGCUCCCCUCUCCAUUAGCUGACUGACCACACCAUAGAAGAGACAGGAAGCAACAGCUCUUAUUUAAGCUCCACUUAACACUUCAAGAUCUAAUGAAGGAUUUUGAACAAAAACAAAAGAACAGCACAAUUACAUAGUUAAACCUUCAGUGACUUUGAGAUAGAAAUUGUAUCGUGGAAACAGUUAACUAAAACCAAAUAUUAAGGCUUCUACAGGGAAUAAAGGUAACCUAUUCUGUAAUUGUGACUUUGUACUACAUUUUAUUAUUUAUUUUUUCAGCACAUCUUUAACAUAACUUUUCUAAUGAAAAUUAGUAUAUCUACUAUUUAGCAAGCAAGCAAUAUGAAGGGAAAUUGAUCCACGAUGACUGUCGUACUCAUUCUACUCUCACUCAUGAACCGAAUGUGCAAAUUGUUCCUUGCCACCAUCACAUAUUCCCCACACCCACCCCUUGCAGCAUUAAACAGCCAAACACCACCCAGGAACGGAUUUCCUAUUUCGUCAUUUAAACCCAUUAUCUUGUUCCCUUACUAUCUUGCCAAACUGGUUUCUCUCCACUUAUAUUUCUGAGACGUGAUGUGGCAAGAUAACAAGUCUAGACUGUUUGUAUAAAUAGACAGUUGGGUCCUAAAGUUGAAGAAAAGGACCAAAAGCCAAUAGUCCUCUUUUUUUUUUCUUCUCAGUACACUGCCUAAACCACUCAGUAAUCCCAAAGAGCUUGUCCAGUUACAAAGCAUUUUUUUGUGUAUGUGUGAUGUGUGUGUUAUUGUUGUUUAUAGACAGGGCUCACUCUGUUCCUCACACUGGAGGGCGGGUGGCAAGAUCAUAGCUCCCUGGGCUCAAGCGAUCCUCCCACCUCAGCCUCCCAAAGUGCUGGAUUACAGGCGCAAGCCAUGGCACCUGGCUCUUUGUGUCUUAAAGGGUGCUCAUUUCAUGGUAUUGUGCGUCAGCUGUCCAACAAGUGUGAGGCAAAGGCUAGCAGUUUAGGAAAGAAAAUAAGAGUACUAUCUUCAGUUGAAAAUUAGCCUUUGCCUGACUUAUCAACUAGAAAACAAGGUUAACUCAGUGAAGAUCAACUGAAUCACUAGAGUGUUCACAUGUACAAUGAAGGUUAAGAUCUUGUAGUUAAUAUUUUGAGUGAAUGAUCCAGAAAGAGGGUGUGAGUGAACAGGAGUCCUCUAGAUUCGUUUCAGAGAAUUUCUUUCAAUCUAAUCAGAGUUGUGGAAAUGGAGAAGUCUCCAUCCAUGCCUCAAAAUAUGUCCAUCCAUGAACAGUGCAGAAUUUUAUGUUAAAUGCCAGGUAUUUGGUCACUGAUUUACAGAGUAAUAAUGUUUACCUGGAAAUGACUCUCAAGACCAGUUUGGUGGGUAACAUGGAAUAAAAGGUGAUGUUAUCUCAAAAGGUUGCCAUUCAGUGACCUGCCCUAAUUACAGUUAUUUAGGUCAAUGUGUCCACAUUUCAGCAUCCUCACAAAUGGAGAGGAUGUUGAUUACGUGUCUUCAGAAAGCUGCUUGUUGUAACUGAGAUUGGUAAAAUGUAGACAGUAACUGCUGAGAAACAAAUGGGAAAACUAGACGGGCAGCACCGUGCUUGGGUAAUUCCUGGGUAAUGAUUUGGCAGUGAGAGGACGGACCACAAGAGACUAAGAACAGUGGUAAAAUGGGCAUAAAACAUAAACAUUCCCUGAGUACUGUUUUUGAUUCUUUUUUCAUUAUGAAUCUUUUUGUUAAUAACUACAGGGUUGAGGGGAGGCUUACUUAGAUUUAAUCUUCUCAAAGAAGAAGUUGUUGGAACUAGGAUGAAUGUUCCUAGUCAAAGCACAAACUUAGCUACCUCUCCCAUGAUUCCAAGAUAAAAGUCUCCUUCUAACAGCCCCAGGAACUUACUGCAAAUUCCAAGCUUUGUCUUUCAUCUCUGUGUUCUUGGGGCUUUGGGUACUGCCACAUCUGGUGGUGGUUUGUGUGAAAGGAAAUAAUAAAUAUAAAUGAUUUCCUGUUUGGUCAUUGAAACCUAUCCCUGUACUGGACAGAAUUUGACCCGCUUCACUCAAUAGUUGUCCUGUGGUUGAAGUGCCCGUUAUUUACAACUGUUGGUCAGCCAGAGUCUAUCAAGUACUUUCACACUAGCCCAAAAGCCACUCAGUCCCCUUAUUCUGACCCUUACUGUUUUCCUUUACACAAAUAAUUGAUAGCUUCAGUGUAGGCUAUGAUUUAUUUCUUUAGAGCCUAGAAUUAUUUUUGACAAGAAACUCACCAAGUCCAGUAAAUAUUGUCAUUAUUAUCACAUUAUUUAUCAUCCUCUUCUCUUUCUCAUUUUUGGAGUUGGAUUUCUUUUUCCUUUUAAGAGAUGAGAUCUCACUGUGUUGCCCAGGCUGAACUUGAAUUCCUGGCCUCAAGCUAUCCCCUCACCUCAGCCUCCUGAGUAGCUGAGACUAUGGGCUGGUGCCACCACACCUGGCAGAGCCAGAUUUCAUUUUAUUCCAGAUUUUUUUUUAAAAAAAGCUGAACUUUGGCUGGGUGCAGUGGCUCAUGCUUAUAAACUCAACACUUUGGGAGGCUGAAGUGGGAGGAUUGCCUGAGGCCAGGAGUUGGGAGACCAGACUGAGCAAUAUAUUGAGACUAAUAAUUUUUUUAAUUAGCCGGAAAUGGUGGCUCUGGACUGUUGCCCUAGCUACUUGGGAAGCUGAGGUGGGAGGAUCACUUGAGCCCAGGAAGUUGAGCCUGCAGUGAUCACACCACUGCACUCCACCCUGGGUGACAGUUGAGACCCUGUUUCAAAAACAAGUAAAUAAAUUAGUUAAAUAAUAAAAACUUAGCUUUAUAAUAUAUUGUGUAAUGACAUACUAUAACAUACAGUUUUUUAAUGACACUAAUAAAAUUAAAAAUAUUUAAUACUCUGGGGCUUAUUUUUGUUUUUUUAGACAGUCUCACUCUGUCACUCAGGCUGGAGUGCAGUGGCAUGAUUAAUAGUUCACUGUAACCUCAAACCUCUGGGCUCAAGGAUUCCUCCCACCUCAGUCUCCCAAGUAGCUAGGACUACAGGCACAUGCCAGCAUGCUUAGACAAUUUUUUAAAAUUAUUUUUUGUAGAAGUAGCAUCUAGCUAUGUUGCCCAGGCUGGUCUCAACUCCUGGCCUCAAGUAAUCCUCCUGCCUCAGUCUCCCAAAGCACUGGGAUUACAGGGGUGAGCCAUCAUGCCAGCCACUACUUGCUUUUUACUCUAAUCCCUUAAACUAAUUUCAAUUUAUUCUUCCAUAGACAUAAUUGAAAUGUAUGGAUAAUUCAUUUUAGUUUGGAUUUCCUGAAGUAUUUGUGAGAAAACAGAGAAAAAUGUUUACAGCAUCACAAUGUAUUUGCGUAGGGCAGGUGUGGGCAAACUGUGGUCCUCUGAGCAAAUGCAGCUAGUGGCCUGUUUGUGUACAGGGGUUUUAUAUUUUUAAAAGGCUGUGGGACAGAAAAACAAAAGAAAACAAAACAAAAGACAAAGAAUGUAAGAUAGGGACUGUAUGUGUCUGGCAAUUUUUUUUAAUUUACUGUCUGGCCCUUUACAGAAUAAGCUUGCUGAUCCCUGGCUCAGGCUAGCAUCAUGUGUUAAAAUGUCAAGCCUUAUAUUUAGAGCAGCUGGUAUCUCUUUGAACUUUAGACAUAAAUUUGGGCAGUGCCUGCUGAAUUGAGGUAAAUUAUAUUUAUUACAGUUUACUGUUUUAGUUGAUUAGAUAUUGGCACUAUUUAUAUACUCUUCUAGUAGUUCUCAAUUCUGGCUGCAUUUAAAAAUCAUCUGGGGAGCUUUGAAAAUAUUCUUGCCUAGGCCCCUUACCAGAAAUCCUGAUUUAAUUGAUCUGAAGGGGGACCUGGGCUUAGGUAUUUCAUACAUGCUCUUCAGGUGAUUCUAACGUCCAGCCAGGUCUGAGAACCACAGGCCUACACUACUCACAAGUCUAUUUGUGGAUGGGUAGUUAGCCCACAUUCAUAGGCAGUUUUUAUUCACAUUUUUAUUAGAAAUUCAAUAGAGAUGUGUUAUACAAAUUGUUCUUUAAUUUCAAGGCAGAAGUGUUGCUCAGGGAAAUUAUAACUGAGACUACUUUGAAAUGUGAAGAGCAUAUGAAACAGAUAAUGCAGAGCACAGAGAAAGAGAAUAUGAAAGAUAGGAACUGAGAGGAGCGUGCUGAAAAAAAUGAAAAAGAAAGAAACCACUCAGAAUUUCAAUACACAAAUCACUGAGGAGAUGUCUUGCUAUCUGUGUGAGUGUAUCUAUUUUCAAAAGUGCUGUUAACAAACAGAGCAGUAAAUCUGGGGCACCAUGCUUUUUUUUCAAAGUUGUUAAGAAGAAUUAUUUCAGUCUGCAGGUGUCACACGCAGUUACUCAGAAUCAGAAAGAAGGCUGAUCAGGGGUUAGAAGAUCUCCAUCUAUCUGUCUUUUUGCAACCAACCACGUCCAGGCUGUUUAUUUAAUACUUCCUCUUGCUAAUGAAUGUACUGGUUGGGGAUGGGUCGAGCUUUCCCGUUUCGGCAUAAGACUGCAAGAUUUGAAUGUGCCCUGGUGUCGGCUUCACUGACCACAGCAGGUACCCCAGGCAAGAAUCUGAGCAGUCAUAACAGCAAGUGCGGAGGCAAGACACAUCAAAGCAGAGAUGGGAAGUGAAAGAGCUCUCGUUCUGGACAGAUUAGCAAGCAAUGUGGCAAAACGAAAAAGCUCAAUGCCUCAGAAAUUCAUUGGUGAGAAGCGCCACUGCUUUGACGUCAACUAUAAUUCGAGCUAUAUGUAUGAGAAAGAGAGUGAGAUCAUACAGACCCGCAUGAUGGACCAAGCCAUCAAUAAUGCCAUCAGCUAUCUUGGUGCUGAAGCCCUGCGCCCCUUGGUCCAGACACCACCUGCUCCCACCUCCGAGAUGGUUCCAGUUAUUAGCAGCAUGUAUCCCAUAGCCCUCACCCGGGCUGAGAUGCCAAACGGUACCCCUCAGGAGCUGGAAAAGAAAAGCAUCCACCUUCCAGAGAAGAGUGUGCCUUCUGAAAGAGGCCUCUCCCCCAACAAUAGUGGCCACGACUCCACAGAUACUGACAGCAACCAUGAAGAACGCCAGAAUCACAUAUAUCAGCAAAAUCACAUGGUCCUUCCUCGGGCCCGCAACGGGAUGCCACUUCUGAAGGAGGCCCCCCGCUCUUAUGAACUCCUCAAGCCCCCCCCAAUCUGCCCAAGAGACUCCAUCAAAGUGAUCAACAAAGAAGGGGAGGUGAUGGAUGUGUAUCGGUGUGACCACUGCCGCAUCCUCUUCCUGGACUAUGUGAUGUUCACCAUUCACAUGGGCUGCCACGGUUUCCGUGACCCUUUCGAGUGUAACAUGUGUGGAUAUCGAAGCCAUGAUCGAUAUGAGUUCUCGUCUCACAUAGCCAGAGGAGAACACAGAGCCCUGCUGAAGUGAAUAUCUUGUCUCAGAGAAUGCCCCUAAGUGUUCAAUAUCAUUUCUAAAAAUCGAUAACCUCACCUAACAGAUUGCUCUCAAAACAUACUCACUUCCAGACUCCUUUUCAUACCAUUUUUAGCUGUGUUCACAUGGGGAGCCAGAGCUACACUGUCUUCCUUCAGAAAUUAUUCACAGAUCCAGCACAUUAUUUACUUUUGUGAAACCUUUGUCUUCCCAUCAGGGACUUGAAUUUUAUGGAAUUUAAAAGCCAAAAACGUAUUUGGUCAUUAUCUUCUACAGCAAUAGAAUGAGCAGUCCCGGAGAUGUGUUACAUGAGACAUUGUUUCUAAGAUAUAUCAACCAUAUAUGGAAAAGCUUUUCAGUCAUAUGUGCAAAUCCACAAAGAGGAAGAGCUGACCAGCUGACCUUGUUGGGAUCCUCACCCUUCUGUACUUCUUCAUGGGCUGAAGGGUUAGGAUGUAAUCUCCCUCAUCUAAAUGACAGGCUAAGAGCAAGAAAAAGAACAGCCAUAAACUAAGUAUCUGUUACGAGUUAACUGAAGACCCCAUUCUCCAAGCAUCAGAUUCAUUUCCUAUCACAUUAUUUUAACAUGUCAUCUAAUGGCACUUCUGCUUCUACCCUUUACCCUCCCAUCUCCAGUGAAAAGCUGAGCUGCUUUGGGCUAAACCAAUUGUCUACAGGAGAAAAUCUAUGCCAGAAGAACUGAUGGUUUUAAAUAUAGACCAUCGUUGAAACUCCAGAAGGUUGUCCACUGCGGAUAAAUGGCAUCCCUUUCCUUUGGUCAAGGUUGGAAGAACAAGUGUAUGACAAAGGGGGAAAUGGUUUGGCAGCACCAAUAGAAAAAAAAAACGGCUCGGGGUCCAAAGUGGCUCCCGCCGGAGGUCAUGGCGCUUGCGAAGGCGAGGUCAUCAGUUCAAGGCUAACCUGAGCAACCUCAUAAGCUCAAACUGAUUGGCAAAGAAAAAAAAAAAACAAAACAAACAAACAAACAAACAAAAAAACAGCUACCUAAAAGUUCCUGAAAGAGUUCAUGGAGAAUUGGUAAUACAGACCCAAAACCAAUUUACCAGUGAUUUUUUUCCAUUAAAAAAAAAAAAAAAAAGUGUGGCUUAGCCUCCCCCCCACCCACAGGAGAGGAAUUGGAGAUAGACGCCAUGUGUGUUCAGAUCGGAGCUGAGCUCCAGGAUGGGGUGAAGAGGGACACCUCUACUGACAGGCCCUCCUUGAUCAGGCAGGCUUUGGCCCAUUUCUACCUAUUUAAAUGGAACUGCUGUAUUCCAUGAAAAUUCCUGAAAGUCUGAUCACAGUUUGACAAAUGUAUAAGUCAUCCUUGCCCCUCACAAUGUGGACAUACUAUCAGGAGGAGUGCUAUUAUCAUUGUAAAAUUAGCACUGGAAUAGGGAGUCACAAAAUCUGCUAAUUAGCUAUGUGACUUUGAGUAAAUCAUUUAAUUUUUUUUUUAGACAGGAUCUCACUCUGUUGCCCAGGCUGGAGUGCAGUGGUGCAAUCAUGGCUCACUGCAGCCUUGACCUCCCCAGGCUCAGGUGAUCCUCCCACCUCAGCCUCUUGAGUACUGGGACUACAGGCAUGCACCAUCAUGUCUGGAUAAUUUUUGUACCUUUUGUAGAGACAGGGGUCUCACUAUGUUGCCCAUGCUGCUGGUCUUGAACUCCUGGGCCCAAGCAAUCAGCCUGCCUCAGCCUCCUUAAGUGCUGGGAUUACAGGUGUGAGCGACCGCACCCAGCCUCAUUUAACUCUUGAAACUUCAUUUCCUGCCAGGCUCAGUGGCUCACACCUGUAAUUCCAACACUUUGAGAAGCUGAGGUGGGCACAUCGUUUGAGGUCAAGAGUUUGAGACCAGCCUGGCCCACAUGGUAAAACCCUGUCUUUACUAAAAAUACAAAAAUUAACUAGGCAGUAAUGGCAUAUGCCUGUAAUCCCAGCUAUUUGGGAGGCUGAGACAGGAGAAUCUGGGAGGCAGAGGUUUCAGUGAGCGGAGAUGGCCCUGCUACACUCCAGUCUGGGUGACAGAGUGAGACCCUGUCUCAAAAAAAAAACAAAAAACCUCAGUUUCCUCAUUUGUAAAAUAGGAAUUGGAUUUAAAUGUUCUCGUAGGUCCCUUCUAGCUUUAAAUUAUUAUGUGAUUACGCAGUAACCACAGGUUAUUGUUUAAACCUCCUAAUGUAUGAAUAUAUUAAGCAGAGGAGUAUUUAUAUGAAUACGUGCUUCACAUUCCUUUGGUAUGAAAAUGGUGUGUUAAGUUUUUCCUUUAAUCACUGAGUUGUGAAUGGGAAGAAGGUGGUGGAGAGGAAAAAAAACAAAGGUAUUUUGAUCUUGCCCCAAAGCGUACACACAAAUUGGCAAAUGCAGCUGUUUACCAAAGCCUUUUUUUUUUCCUUUUUAAGAAAUUAUGUUAGGGAAAAUAAAUUCUGCUUCCAGAGACAACUUCAUGGAGCCUGUUUACAAAUUAAGAGUCAGCUUUGUGAACAUUUCUACCAGAGCCAAGAAUCCCAAAUUCCUGGUAGAUUAGUGUUUUAUUUCUAAAGGGCUUAUGCAUUCGGCUCAAACUCAACUCGGCCGUGUGCUGCCAGUAAUUAAAAUGCUCCACCUCAGACUGCACAAAUAGCUUAUCCUUCUUUGUGGCAUGGCGUCUGUCUCAGGAAAAAGGGUUUUAUGAAAUUCCAUGGCAACAGUCCCAACAUGUUUGAGAUUUCAGCUAAAGGAAUGGAUGUAUUUUGGUGUGUAGUCUUCAAUAUAUCACUGUAUUUCCGUAAUACUAGACUCCAAGCUAUGCCAGAUUGCUUAUUCCCAUUGUGAAAGAGGAGUUGCUCAUUAUGUUCUUGAAAUAUCACACAUCCUGUUGGUUCUUCAGGGGACAAGAGAAAGAGAAUUUGGAGGCAGGGAUUAGUAAAAGAGAAAACUAGGGAAAGGAAGCCUUUCCAUCAGAUUAGUGUUCAAGUCUUUGCAGAGGAGACCAACUUUUUUUUUUUUUUUGAGACAGAGUCUUGCUCUGUGGCCCAGGCUGAAGUGCAGUGUCAUGAUCUCAGCUCACUGCAACCUCUCCCUCCUGAGUUCAAGCAUCUGCCAUUGCUGGGCACUGAAGCCCUGGAGCAGUGCCAGGCAGGACCUGUAGUUUCUCAUGCAGACUCCCUCUGAACACAAGCCGCCUAGCCCCUCUGCUUCAUUUCCCACCAGCCUUCCACCAUACACCCAGGAGGCCAUGAUCUGAGGAACAGCCAAACCCAUGAAAAGUUUCCUUGCAGCCAAGGUGACAGAAUUGGGCUGAGGGUGGAAAAGAAACAGAACAAAUGCUCCAAGUGUAUUAAAUAUAUAUAUAUAUAUAUAUAUAUAUAUAUAUAUAUAUUUUAGAGGACAGGGUCUCACUAUGUUGUGUAGGCCAGACUCAAACUCUGUGCUCAAGAAAUCCUCCUGCCUCAGCCUCCCAAGUAGCUGGAAUUACAGGCAGGCACAAACUGUACCCACCUUUCCAAAUGUUUUUGGUCACUGUUUGAAGUGUUGCAUCGGUACUUUCUAUGGAGAGAGAACUAGAAGUGUCUCUCCCAUGAACCCCCACCACCACUACUAGGAAAAAAAAGAGAGAAUGAACUCAUCAGUCUUUAGAUUUCUGAAAUCUUUCCCCAAAAAGACAUUUGCCUUGGCUCCGAUAAGCCAGCUAAUCUUGCGCUUUGUGACUCAUUCUAAGCCGUUCCUGACACAGCUUCUCACUUUGUCAGUGACAACACUUUUUACCUUUUAAAUGCAGUGCUUAACAUUUUGUUAGGCCCAUACUCAAAAUGGUCCAGAUAGAAAAUAACCUCAGAUUUUGACCUCCUAGGCUCACUCAAACAAUCCUCCCACCUCAGCCUCCCAAGUAGUUGGGACUAUAGGCAUGCCACCAGGCACAGCUAAUUUUUUUGUACUUUUUUGCAGAGAUGUUGUUUCACCAUGCUGCGUAGGCUGGUCUUGAACCCCUGGGCUCAAGCAAUCCACCAACCUCAGCCUCCCAAAGUGCUGGGGUUACAGGCGAGAGCCACUGAGCCCAGCCACAGCCAGAUUCCUUUGGCAAACAGAAAUGUUUAAAAACACAAAAUUUUGCUCAGUUGAAACACUGUGUCAAAUCUCACAUCAACAUAAAGUUUUCCUUUUUGGCUUUGUUCCAUGAGGAACAGACAGAACAUAAAGUUUUUCCGGGUAACAUCUGUAUGACUAUUAUUCUCCUAUUUCCUGCCCCCCCCACCCCCUAUUGAAUGUGAGGUUUAGAAUGUUUUAAGGAGGGCCUGGCACGGUGGCUCAUGCCUGUAAUCCCAGCACUUUGGGAGGCUGAGGCAGGCAGAUCACGAGGUCAGGAGUUCGAGACCAGCCUGACCAACAUGGUGAAAUCCCGUCUCUACUAAAAAUACAAAAAUUAGCCAGGCACGGUGGUGCGCGCCUGUAAUCACAGCUACUCAGGAGGCUGAGGUGGGAGAAUCACUCGAUCCCAGGAGGUAGAGGAAGCAGUGAGCCGAGAUUGCACCACUACAUUCCAGCCUGGGCAACAGAGUGAGACUCCGUCUUAAGGAAAAAAAAAAAAGUUUUAAGGAAAAAAAGCAGUACUUCUGUUAUAUAUAAUCCCAGGUGGUAAGACCACAAUGGAACUGUUUCUUUAAAGUCCUCAUUUUCAGUGGCUCACACCUAUAAUCCCAGCACUUUGGGAGGCCGAAGCAGGUGGAUCAAGAGAUCGAGACCAUCCUGGUCAACAAUGUGAAACCCCAUCUCUACUAAAAAUACAAAAAUUAGCUGGGCAUGGUGGUGCAUGCCUGUAGUCCCAGCUACUCGGGAGGCUGAGGCAGGAGAAUUGCUUGAACCCAGAAGGCGGAGGUUGCGGUGAGCCAAGAUCGUGCCAUUGCACUCCAGUCUGGGUAACAACAGUGAAACUCCAUCUCAAAAAUAAAAUAAAGUCCUCAUUUUAAAGCGUACCCCACUGAAAGGAGGCAUGUUGGACUCUAGCAGAGAUUUGGAAACUCUGGGACACUCAAGAUUUGUGAAAGAAGUUGGCCAUCUGAGGACUCAAAGCCCCAGCACUGGGACUUGUGAGCUCAAGAAGGAAGAAGAAAAGGGAGUGGUGAAACUUUGUCCUAAAAGUUAGCACCAGGAACAGAAGAAAAAAAAGACAUAGAGUGAUACCUCAUCUUUUAGAGAAUUGGAAACUAUUUUUGUGUUCACACAGAAAGUAUAGUUCAAAAAACCUCUAUAUCCAGAGGUCAGACAAGGAGAAUGAUCUGGGAUAUAAGUGAUGAUAAAGGAGGACAAUUUUGAUCUGAAACCCACGGCUGGACCUGGGCCGUCUCAGCAAAAGGACUCUAUUCUCCAAGGCUGCACGACUGAAUGGUUCUGAGAAUGAGCCCAGGGUUGGGACUCCUGACCCAUUAGGACUGUGGACUCAGAAGAGCCUGAAGGAGGAUUGUGGGCUUUGAAUUUCUGAAAGCUUGUAAAAUAACAUAAGACUGCGCUUCUCCCUCGCCCCAGCUGUAGAUAGUCUGUGCCCCACCAGCGUUGUCAAGAUACACAGGUUUUUGCACUUUGAAGAAACUGGAUGCAAGUUUCCUUUUUUUUUUUUUUUUUGAGACAAAGCCUUGAUCUGUUGCCCAGGCUGAGUGCAGUGGCGCAGUCAUGGCUCACUUGCAGCCUCAACCUCCUGGGCUCAAGCAACGAGCGAUCCUCCAGUCUCAGCCUCCCAACUAGCUGAGACUACAGCCAUGCACCACCACACCCGCUAAUUUUUGUACCUUUGGUAGAGACUGGGUCUCCCCAUAUUGCCCAGGCUGGUCUUGAAUUCCUGGCCUCAAGUAGUCUACCCACCUCAGCCUCCAACACUUUGGGGUUACAGGCAUGAGCCUCUGCGGCCAGACUGAGUUUCUUCUUAAUACUGUAUUACCAGAGUGGACUGUCUUAUGUGUUGAUAGUGAUUGAGCUAUUUGAAAUAGGAAUGUUAAUGAGUAUAUUAAAUUUUUGUAAGAAUAUACCUUCCAAGGAUGUUGUGAGGUUUUCCAUAAUUUUGUAUGAGAGCUAAUGUUACCUUUGAGAGGUGUGUGGAUUAUGUGGGAUCGUUGUAAAUUUUCCACUGUAUGUACCAUGACCUAAAUUUAAAGACAUGAAAAAUAUCCAAAGACCAUACUAGAUCAUAAUAGUAAUUCCUUGACAAAUGAAUUAUGGAGGUAACUGAUCUCUAACACAGUUUCUUUCAUGUUGUUUUAAUGCACAAGGGCAGAUCUGCUGACCCUUGGAACCAAUGUGAGCUAACCACGUGCUGCAGACACUUCAUGGUGUCGCACCCAGGGAAAUCAAAGUGCUUUGCUCCCUCACUGUCUGUGAGUCCUCAACCGUUAGUUCCCCCGUGGAACUUGAGCUUCUUCAAGUGGUUCUCACUGUUCAUCUCUCCAUGGACCCUACUCCAGAAAACCUAGAGAUGAGUCCCAAGAUGCCACCCACCUUCCCCAAGCCCUUGCCACACAUCUAUGAGUUCUAUUUCACACUCUGAAUGUAAGUGCAGCUUUGCUUCUUCCUCUCUUGAAAAGACUGAGAACACAUGUUUUAAAAUGUUAGGAAAAUGGGGCAGCCUUAAAAAUGACUGAUCCCACCACCAGUGACUCAUGUAUACUCCAGGCUAGCAGACAAGGCCCUUUUUGGUGGGCCUGCUUCUGUGGGUUCACAAAAACCAAAUUACUGUGGGUUGCAAAGAAUUAGCAGGUCAUUUACAAAGCAGACAUCCCUUCCCCAGACUGUGGUUUUGCAUGCUCAGGUUCUGUCUAUGAGCUUUGUUGCAGGAUCAUUUUGGCUACUGGAAAAACCAUAGCUUAUUUUAAAUUUCUGGUUUCCAGAGCCACCACACAUGUGGUCUGUGGAUGACCAUUGUCUGCAGAAUGACGAGAGAGGAACAGAAUGCGGUUUGGGGCUCAGGGUGGCCUUCCCAUUGGGAAGGAAAGCGGGAGGGAGCCCUUGCCCUGCGUUUUGACACAGCCUGUGCUCACAGCCUCUCCUCUCAUCUUCGUUUCUCAGAAGUGCCCUCCCUGCCCAGUAAUGACUUUCCCUUGUCACUCCUAUGGAGUUCUACCUGGAGUCUGACCAUGUGUAGCACUGUGAAGUUUACUCCUUUGUAAAGAUGGUUUAAAGAAAGUCAGCUUCUGAAAUGUAGCAAUGCUAGCCCUUGCCAGAACCCUGUAAGAAGUAGCCCUGCUGAUAGUUUUCUACAUUUAUCAUGCUUGAUUUUUACACUGAAAAAUAAAAAAAUCCUGGUAUGUUUGAAA